AUGACCAAUGGAGGGGAAGAUCCUUGGCAAACAGCCUCCUUGAUUAAACCCACUAAAGCUAACAGCAAGGUUAUUACCUACUUAAUCGAUUGUGAUGAUUGCGCUCAUUGUGUAGAUUUGAAUGCUCCCAGUGAUGAUGAUCCAGUUAUUCUUACAUAAACUAGAUAGGCUAUCGAGAAUACAUUUAAAUAGUGGCAUGAUUAAUUUUGGAGUGAAACUCUUGUUGAGUGA